AUGCAUCGCUGUCUCCCGUACCCUUUGCACGUCCGCGCGAGCCAGCCAAGCGACGAGAGACUGCCUCGUCGAAAGCCGCUUCUCUUCCUCUUCCCUUUCGCGCUCCUCACGAUGCUCGACCACGCCCUCUCGAACCGCCUUCACCCACCUCUCAAUAGCACCCACGCCCCUCUCGUCCUCAUCAGCGACUCGCUCCUCCAACCCGCCCUCCUCGUCCUGCGCCAGUUCAUCCGGCAGGCGCUCAUCAACCCCUCCUCGCCCUCUCCCUCCACGCCGAAGGAUGGGAGGGUGGUAUUACUGUGCUUUGAGCAGGAUCCGACGAGGCUCCUUCCGCCAGAGGGAAUGUACGACGAGCGACGAGUGAGGGUCCUCGACGCGUCUUUCGAUUCGACACUCCUGUCCUCUCGACCUUCGACGUCUCGCGCUUCGGGACCGAAGACAAGUUAUCCUACUCCAGCGACUCUUCUUUCCGACGUCCUUGGCGCUAUCAAGGAGGAUGCGAACGAGGGAGAGGGGGAGGUUGCGGUAGUGGUGGAUUCGGUGAAUGCGUUGGGGGACUUUCUUGCGCAAGAUAGAGGAGAUGGAGGGGAGGGCGAGACGGUGAGGGUUUUGAAGAGGGUGAUGGAGGGGUUGAGCGGGAGCAAAGGUUCGCGCCUCAUCGCAGUCCACCAUUCCGACUUUCCCCCCUCCCCCCCCUCCCUCCCCCAGUCCUCAACUUCCCCUCUCCGCCCCUCGCUCCCCGCCGCACUCCUCUCCCCCUCUUUCUCCCCCUCAGUCGCACACCUCACCCUCCGUCCCUCAUCGCACAUCGAGCUUCUCUCACGCGACUACGGCCUCUCCUUCCCCGACGAGGAGAUCGACCCACGCGCGAAAGGAUUCUUGGAGAGUUUGGCACAUAGGGCGGUUGGAGAUCCGUUUGUGAGACCGCAGGGGGCGGAGGAGCGGGAUGAGAGGGUCGCGCUUGAUGUGCUUGGGGAGGGGGUGAGGCGCGGCACGGCGGAGGGAAGGAGGGAGGGCGGUGAGGGAGCUGGGAUGGGAGGGUGUGUGGUGGAGUAUGAAGUGCGCGGUCUCGAGUCGCCCAUCACCGGCGCGAGGGAACGGAGGCCUUCCCCCCGCGUCGCUUCCGCCUCUUCCGCCGCGACCGCAGCAAAGAAACUCGUUCGGUGGGGCCUUGUCGGUGCGCGAGCGAGGGAAAUCAGGGCGCUCGAUGGGUCGGUGGAUGUGCUGGUUGAGGAGUGCGCGCUGGGAGAGGUGCUGGAGAGGAGGAGGAUGGGCGUGAGAGCGGGAGUUGGGGCAGCGAGUACUCCGUCGGUCCAUUCACCUUCGACCGCCACGACUCCCGCUCCUCCUCCCUCCUCCUCGUCCACCGCCGCACCCGACUCUUCCGCCCCACUCCCCUUCUCGCUCUCUCUCACGCCCUCCCAACGUCUCGCCCGCUCGCUCGUCUCGAAUCCCUUCGCAGGCGCUGACAAGCCCAUCUACGGCGAAGAAGGGUACGCCGCGCCCGUCUUGCCUGGAACCGCGGCUGCGGCGGCGGCGGGAGGAGGAGGAGGGAUCGAGUAUACGCCGGAUAGAGGGGACGACUGGGACGACGAGGACCCGGAUGAGGACCUCGAGUUGUAA